GGCUGCUCGGGUGGCAGCACGUAAAGGGGCCACCGCGGGGUGAUGCGGUGACCGCUGCGGCAGGCUCAGGAGCCGAGUGGGCCCUGGCCCCGAGUCGGUCCCGCCGGACCCGCGCUCCCGAGCUCCUUGUCUUCUCCGGCCGACCCGCGAUCACCGAGGCGGCCUCGCGGCCCCUCGCCCCAUCCCCUGUCCCUCCCCUGCCCCCGCCACCGCCCCAGGGGCCACCGCCACCCGCCUCCCACGAUGGCUUUGAAGAGAAUCCACAAGGAAUUGAAUGACCUGGCAUGAGACCCCCCAGCACAGUGUUCAGCAGGUCCCGUUGGAGAUAUGUUCCAUUGGCAAGCUACAAUAAUGGGGCCAAAUGACAGUCCCUGUCAGGGUGGAGUAUUUUUCUUGACAAUUAAUUUCCCAACAGAUUACCCCUUCAAACCACCUAAGGUUGCAUUUACAACAAGAAUUUAUCAUCCAAAUAUCAACAGUAAUGGCAGCAUUUGUCUUGAUAUUCUACGGUCACGGUGGUCUCCUGCACUAACUAUUUCAAAAGUACUCUUGUCCAUCUGUUCUCUGUUACGUGAUCCCAAUCCAGAUGAUCCUUUAGUGCCUGAGAUUGCGCGGAUCUACAAAACAGAUAGAGAAAAGUACAACAGAAUAGCUCGGGAAUGGACUCAGAAGUAUGCGAUGUAAUUAAAGAAAUUAUCGGAUAACCUCUACAAAUAAAGAUAGGGGAACUCUGAAAGAGAAAGUC